CGACCGAGGGCAUGGACGGCGACUGGGGCAAGAAUAGAUUAUCUCGGAAACGCUUGGUUGCGACACAGUGGAAGGAUGGGCUCGUUUCCGUCGACCUCGCAGUUGAGCAAGCGUGGGAGUACAACGGAAGACCGCGUUCAGAGCCACAGACCAAGUGUCAAAGCACCAGGACCGAAUCAAAAUCUCACGCGGUUGGGCUCGGUAUGUUACGAGCACUUGAAGGGCAUUCCGUUGGCCACACUGUUGGAGUCGUCCGUUGGGUGCAAGUAUUUCACUGCACUGUGCUCGAAAAUCAACCGGGACGACGUCAUCCAGCUGUACCUGGCGCUGCAAGGCAUUCGAGCUGCCCCAGACAGCACCACGACCGGAUCCGUAAACAAAACGUUAAUCGACACCAACUUGCGGCGUGUAGCAAGCACCACUCGCCUCAGCAACAAAUCCAUCGCGAAUCUUCGAAUCACGCUAAACAACCUGAGCAAGACAACGUCCGCGCCGCCUGAUAUCCAAGACGUUAUCCGAGAGAUUUCCGCGACGUUGACCGAGCAAGAGUACCAAUAUUGGCUAGUGUCCCAAGAGGGCCGCGAUUUUAUCGGCGAAUCCGCCCGCUUCGACCAUUUGUUGCACGAUCACAUUGCCAUGUGCUACUUUCACCUGUUUCUCGUCCAAGAGUACUCGUCCGAGAACCUGGAAUUUAUCGAGUCGGUGCUCCGAUACGAAGCCGACUGGAUCCACUCGGACGUCGAAACGACUCGCCAACUCUCCAACGUCCAGCACGCUAAACACAUCGUGACGCUCUUUGUCGAAGAGAACGCGCCAUUGCAAAUCAACGUCCCGAGCAAAAUUCGGAUUCGUUUGGAGCGGAAAGUCCUCAAGGAUGGCGAAGCCCCCAAAGACAUUUUUCGGAUUGCCAAGAGCGAAAUCUCGUCGCUGAUUCAGCGGGACAGCUGGCCACGCUUCACAAAGUCGACUUGGUGGAGCACGUAUUUAAACUACGACGUUUCCGACCCGACUGUCGCGGCAGUCCCCGCGCUUACGAGACGACAGCAAAUCUACAUUCAGUUCAUUGGUGACGACGAUCUCACCAAGAUUUUGAGCUCUGACUUGGGCCGAGAGCACCUGCGCAUUUUUUUGGCCUUCUUGACCGAGGGGAAUACAGUUGACGGCAGCGUGGAAUUCUUGAGAUCCGCUCAACAAUACCUAAACAACAAAGUCGAAAACGAUCGGGCGAAGCUGGCACAGCAACUCUUCGACACGCAUUUAGCUGAAAACGCCCCACUUCCAGCAUUGCACGUAUCCUCCGACGUCACAGCCAGCGUCAAAUCGAAUCUGGCCACCCAGAACUUCCACGGAAUUCAGACCGACUUUGCCAAGGCUGUGGAGCUGACAGAAGCGUUUGUGACGUCCCAUGCGUUGCCGAAAUUCAAGUUGAAUGGGUUGUAUGCAAAGUAUCGAAUACUGACCCAGCAAAAACUGCGGCUGGAAGAUGGUCACGUUGGCAUGUCAAGUAGGAAGAGCUCGUUGGUGCUAUGACAAUUGGCCCAUGUUAAUUUACAUCGUUGUGCAGUUCUCGACUCUGUGGUCAUCGUUUGCAAACUCACAUGCAGAGUAAAGCAACGAUAUCAUGCCGCGUUGUGUAGUCACCGAGCUGGCUCACUUAAUAUCGAU